UACUAAGUACCAUCCCAACGACAUGCCACGGGCGUCUCGCAUCGAUCUCCUCUCGAUCGACCAACGGCCACGGGCAGCUCCCCAGCAAAUCUACAAUCCUACACGUUUACGCUAGACAUGGCUGAAGAGUCACAGUGUUUGUACUGUCGAAAGGUGGCGUUGACAAAGGAACUCAGGCGUUGCAAGCGCUGCCUCGGCGCACUGUACUGCAACUCUGAUUGCCAGAAACAGCACUGGCCGAGCCAUAGACAGCUUUGCGCCGACUCGGACGGGUGGCACGACAAGUACCGCGGGUGUCGCGAUGGGUCCAUGCACAAUGGCAGGCUAGAGCUCAUGACCUGGGAGUACACAGACCCCGAGGGUGGAACUCGUAUGGGCUGGGGCAACGCCUUCGCCGAGGACGUCGAGGACGUCAAACGGCAGUUCGAGGUCGACUGCAGGGGCAAGAAGCAUACCUUCUUCAAGAAGCGGCCCCAGGCCUUCCGCUGGACGUGUUGCGGCGCAGACGGGCUUAUGAACUCGGGCUGCGACCACCACGGGAGUGGGAGGAAGCCAUGUACUUGCGACUAUUGCUGCAUGGGCAAACCGCUGCCUAUUAGCAUUUACCGCGACCAUACAGGCCCACGUAAAGGCCUCAACCUCAGGCGUGGCCCUGACCCCCGUUCCAUCAACCUAGCGCACGCUGCUGUGACGACAAUAACCCGUGCUGCCAUGCAUGAGUUCAUUGCUUAAGGACAGCGGCGCGCUGUGCUGGCCAUAACAUUUCAAAGGGACACCAUUUGUGUAAGGACCUGGUAUGGAAAUUUCUGACAGAUAUCGUGUAUAGUAGCCUUGCAGUCGCCAUGCAUGCCAGUCCGGUUUAUAUAGAAGUAUUCACCAUUUCGCGCAGUCGUUUACUAAGCGCUGAGCAUUGGUGCGGACUCAGCCGAGCGAAUAUGAGAAUUACUACGCCUACACCGAACAGCUUCCAAUCGAAAGGGACCUUCGUCGUUAUACAUAAGUACUUAAGUCCUUAACUGUGAUACAUCAAAUUCAUUGCAAUGUACGAGCC